AAAUUCCAUAUUUGCAUUCUGCCCCUCGUAUUCCUCUCUUUCUCAAGAAGCGUGUCUACUAGAAUAUUUCCAUACUCAGACUUGAAGGCUGAAGCUUGCAAAAUGGAAGGAAUGUGAAGUGAAGCCCACGACACAAAACCCAUAGCUCUCAUAAAUUAAGGCUAACCCACCGGUUUUCGUCAUUCAAUUGGCCCAGACAGUGCAGUUUCUGGAGAAAAAACCUGAAUAUGAAAUUUAGGGCUCCGCAGAGGAUUUUCAUACUGCCUUCAACCAGUCAACUGAAUUGUGUUCGCAACCAUGGUCGAAGCUUCACUUCCGUUUUCAGGAGGAUUCAAACUUCCGUACAAGCUGGAGCUUCUGUUGGCGGUGGAAAUGGCAGUUCUCAAGGUGACUCUUAUUUGGUGCCUGGUGCGACGGUUGCAACUUUACUGAUGCUCGGUGCACUUCAUGCUCGUCGGCUCUAUGAUGACAAGAAGGUUGAAGAGGCACGUGAGAGAGGCAUAGAGCCUGAAUUCAAGUCGGAUAUUAAAGCAACUUUUUUGAGAUUGAUACCUUUGCGUUUAGUUUCAAGAUGUUGGGGUCACUUGACUAAUGUGGAACUUCCUGUCUGGCUGCGUCCAUAUGUUCAUAGGGCAUGGGCUCGAGCAUUUCAUUCAAAUUUAGAAGAAGUAGCUCUUCCUCUGGAUGAAUAUGCUUCAUUACGUGAGUUCUUCGUACGUUCCUUAAAGGAGGGUUGCAGGCCUAUUGACCCUGAUUUACAAUGCCUGGUUAGUCCGGUGGAUGGUACAGUUUUAAGAUUUGGUGAACUGAAAGGAGCAGGGGCAAUGAUUGAGCAAGUUAAAGGAUUUUCAUAUUCUGUCGUUGCUCUUCUUGGUGCUGGCUCUUUACUUCCCAUGAUGGCGGGAGGGGAUACCGAUGAAGAGGGCAGUGGACAAGAAAAUAGUUCUGCUGAUAGUAGGAAAAAGUCGUGGUGGAAAAUUUCUCUGGCUUACCCUAAAGUUUUGGACCCAGUCUCUACAUGCCCAGUGAAAGGUCUUUUCUACUGUGUAAUAUACUUGAAGCCUGGAGAUUAUCAUCGAAUACACUCACCAGUUGAUUGGCAGGUUCUAGUUCGGCGCCAUUUUUCAGGUCACCUAUUUCCUAUGAAUGAGCGCGCUGUUAGAACAAUAAGGAACUUAUAUGUUGAGAAUGAAAGGGUUGUGCUUGAAGGUCUAUGGAAGGAAGGAUAUAUGGCAAUUGCAGCUAUUGGGGCGACAAAUAUUGGAUCUAUCAAGCUUUUCAUUGAGCCAGAGCUACGGACAAACAAACCAAAGAGAGGAAAGUCACUCCAUUCAGAGCCUCCUGAGGAAAGGGUAUAUGAACCUGAAGGUGUGGGGAUAACGCUGAAGAAGGGGGAUGAGGUGGCUGCUUUCAACAUGGGAUCAACAGUGGUACUGGUCUUCCAGGCACCUGUUUCUAAUUUACACAAAAAUGGGGACUCCAAAUCAGAAUUCAGGUUUUCUAUAAAACGUGGAGACAGAAUACGUGCUGGAGAAGCACUGGGAAGGUGGGCAUAAUUCCUACGAGACUCGGCUUACUCGAGGACUUCUUUGCCUAUUUCCUCUAAUUAUACAGUACUCAAUUCAAUUCUUAAUGAAAACAAUAUCACCGUGAGUCAGCUUCAAUUGAUUCUUCUAUUCCAACCUUUCUGUCGCGUAUUUUUCAUUCGAACAGUGAUCAGUUUCAAGAACUAUACAAACAGAUUUCAGUAAUUAUGUAAUAGAUUAGUUUUCUUUCCA